GAAAUUGUUCUAUUUUGACGAAUCGUUACUGACCACUGUGUCUACGAGCACAACACCGACAACCACUUCCGGGUCAGUGUGCGUCAAGACAUGCCCGGAUGCAGUGGCUGACGUAACGGCCAUGCAGGCCUUGGCCAGCACCGGAACUAAGCUCUGCCGCUAUGACGUCAGUACUGCUAGCUAUUUUGACGGCGCAGCUGACGGUACCGACACGUGCCCGAAUGUACCUGUGGCCAAGACAAAUGUGGAGAGGACCUGGAGAACUCUUGGCGGGAGAUUGUUUACCUGACCCUUGUGGCGCUAGGUGUGUCCGUUGUGCUGCUGUUCCUCAUGAGGUUUGUGGCCCCUGUGCUGGUGUGGCUGGUGGUGGGACUGGUGGCUGUGGGCACCCUGGCUGCCAUCGGAUUUUGCUGACUUUGCUGAUCCUGGGUGGAGUGACAGCAGGCCUGACUUAUGCGUUCCUCUUCAUUGUCACCACUCAGACAAGAAAACCCUACAUAAUCCCCUGUUGACAUCUGUGGGGAGAUUAAUCAGGUAUCACUUGGGUUCUGUUGCAUUUGGUUCACUUAUCAUAGCCCUGGUGUCGCUGGUCAGGAUGAUUUUGUCCUUCAUAGAGGGCAGGGCAGACAUCCACUACACCUGGCUGCCCAUAACGAUGGCUUGUAUCGUCGCUUACUUCAUCGCUGGCUGCUUCUUUGGACUCUUCGAGCUGAUCAUCGACGCCGUAUUCAUGUGUUUUGUGGAAGACUGUGACAGGCACGACGGUGUGGAGCUGCCCUACUUCAUGAGCAAAGGCCUCAUGGAGUUCGUAAAAAAUGCAAACGAGGCCAAGAAACAUGCAAAACGACGGAAGAAAGAGGCCCAGGAACAAGAACAAGAGGAUGACUGAGGAAAGUUUCCAAUACUGCUAAAGAUCCAGAAGCUCACUGUGAUAUUCCGUGACACAAGUCGCGAUAUGAAAGUACAUGUACUGAUUCUGAGCUUUUCACUUUUUUAUACGCUUAAGCUCUUUUGGUUUAUGGUUUUCUGCCCUCUAUAUUGGGCGUUUUUUUAUAAACUUACAUGUGGGCUGCUUUUACCAAGUAUUAUGCUACCAUUCCAUUCUUGAAAAAUAUUGUUGAGAUUUAGUCACAAUAGCGUCAUUCGUAGUGAAACCUAAAAAGAGCAUAUUACUUUCUAGUUCUCAACAAAACCUCUGUGAUGAAUGUGAUGACGUCAGUGUCUGAUUUU